GGCGUGGACAUAUCUAGCUCUGGCGUGGACAUAUCCAGCUCUGCUCUGAGUCCGGUGUCGCCUCCCCUUAACGGUCACUAGUGGCUCUGUCACAGCUUCUGUCACAUUUUGGUCUGCACUGAACGCGAGGGUCGUAGGAAGGACUCAGGACACCCAGGAAACCUAGAAAUGGACUCAGUGGCUUUUGAGGAUGUGGCUGUGAACUUCAGUCUGGAGGAGUGGGCCUUACUGCAGCCUGCACAGAAGAAGCUCUACAGAGAUGUGAUGAGGGAAACCUUUAGGAACCUGGCCUCCAUAGGGGAGAAAUGGAAAGAUCCUGACAUUGAAGAUCAAUACAAAAAGCAGGGGGAAAAACUAAGAAGUCAUAUGGUAGAGAAACUCUGUGAAAGUAAAGAGGACAGUCAAUGUGAAGAAAAUUUCAACCUUAUUUCAAAUUUCAAUCUGAAGAAGAAACCUACUGGAGCAAAAUUAUAUGAGCUCAGUUCAUGUGGAGAAGCCUUUGUGUAUCAUUUAUCUCUUGAUGGACUCACUAUAUGUCACUCUGAACAAUAUGAGCAUCUGAAAUAUGGAAAGAAGCCAUAUAAAUGCAAGGUGUGUGGGAAAGCAUUUAGUUAUCUGCAGUGCUUCGAACAACAUGAAAGAAAUCACAAUAGAGAGAGAACCUAUAAAUGUAAGGAAUGUGGAAAAGUCUUCAGUUGUUCAAGUUCACUUCGAUCACAUGAAAGAACGCACGAUGGAGAGCAACCCUAUGAUUGUAAACAGUGUGGGAAAGCCUUCAGUACUUCUAGUUCUCUUCGAAUGCAUGAAGUAACUCACAGUGUACAGAAACCUUAUGAAUGUAAGGAAUGUAGAAAAGCCUUCAGAUAUUAUCAAAGUUUUCAAACACAUAAACGAAAUCACACUGGAGAGAAACCCUAUGAAUGUAAAAAAUGUAGUAAAGCAUUUAGUUGUCUCAGUUAUCUUCGAAAACAUGAAAGAACUCACAUUGUAGAAAAACCGUAUGAAUGUAAAAUAUGUCAUAAAGCAUUCAGGUAUCCCAGUUAUCUUCAAGUACAUGAAAGAACUCACACUGAAGAGAAACCCUAUGAAUGUAAAAUAUGUAGUAAAGCAUUCAGCUGUCUCAGUUACCUUCGAAAACAUAAAAGAACUCAUACUGGAGAGAAACCCUAUGAAUGUAAGGAAUGUGGAAAAGCCUUCAGAUGUUAUCAAAGUCUUCAAACACAUGAAAGAAGUCACACUGGAGAGAAACCCUAUCAAUGUAAAAUAUGUAUUAAAGCAUUCAGGUGUCUCAGUGAUCUUCGAAGACAUGAAAGAACUCACACUGCAGAGAAACCCUAUGAAUGUAAAAUAUGUAGUAAAGCAUUUAGAUGCCCUAGUUAUCUUCAAAUACAUGAAAGAAAUCACACAGGAGAGAAACCCUAUGAAUGUAAAACAUGUAGUAAGACAUUCAGGUAUCCUAGUUAUCUUCAAAUACAUGAAAGAACUCACACUACAGAGAAACCCUAUGAAUGUAAAAUAUGUAGUAAAACAUUUAGAUGUCCCAGUUAUCUUCGAACACACGAAAGAACUCACACUGGAGAGAAACCCUAUGUGUGUAAAAUAUGUAGUAAAGCAUUCAGGUAUCUCAGUUACCUUCUAAUCCAUGAAAGAACUCACACUGGAGAGAAACCCUAUGAAUGUAAGCAGUGUGGAAAAGCCUUCAGUUAUCACACAAACUUCCGAAGACACCUGACAAUGCACACUGGGGAGAAACCAUAUACAAGUGUAGAAUGUGGGAGAGGCUUCAGUUUUCCCCGUUCCUUUCAAACACAUGAAAGGGAUCACUGGAUAAAACCUCUUGAAUGUAAACAGCAUGGCAAAGACUUGAAUUGGCCCUCAUCCUUACAUGUGAAAACUCCCAUGCAGGAGAAAUAAAACAUGUAAGGAAAAUGAGAACGCUUAACAGAAAUUAAUCCAGCAAACUUUCAACAUGAAAAAGUUCUUUUUGAAGUUGUAAAUACAUUGUGUUUAUUAAACCUCUUAAAGUGCAUUACUGGACCUUGGAUUUCUACUAAUUACCUUCAGAAAUGAAUAUUCAGGUGAGAUAAUUCUGAGAGUUGUCUUUCAACAAUAAGUACAUAAAAUUAAUAGUGCUUUUUUCUUAAAACGUUUAAUAUUUUUCUCCAUUUUGAAACCUGUUAGAUCCAUAGGAUUUAAAAUGUGUGUCUUAUAUGUAUUUAGGUUACUUUUUUUUUUAUAAUGUUUCAUUGUUCUGUGUUAAGGGGUCAUUUUAAAAAGGAGUUUAGUAGUUCAAUUUUCUUAGUGGCCUUGUACCAACCCUUUAUAUUCCUAGCUUAUUUUUCUCUCUUUCUCUCUCUCUCUCUCUCUCUCUCUCUCUCUCUCUCUCUCUCUAUAUAUAUAUAUAUAUAUAUAUAUAUAUAUAUGAGAGAUAUCACCAUCCAUAUAUAUAGAUGGAUGAGGGGGGACCCCCCAAAAAACCGCAAUCAUCUUCUAGAGGGUGGGCGGCUCCUUGUAGUACAGUCUUCCCCCACUAGUGAAUGUUCUAGGAACCCAUCUGUAUCAGUGUACCAGCUAGCACUGUGGUGAGAGGUUACAUUAAGCUUCAGAAUGUUUGUGAAGACUCUUUAGGUGCAUUUACCUAUUUCAUGAUGGGUGAUUUACAAGUACACUCACCCACACCACACUGUUCAGCAGUUUUUAACCAAAUAUGGCAUGACUCCCAUGGCCCAUCCUCCUUAUUUACCCAAUCUUACCCCUGGUGACUUUUUUUUGUUUGUUUCCCUGGAUGAAGAAAGUCCUCAAAGGGAAACGUUUGCUGAUGUGUAAGAAGUGAAAAAAAAUGGCAGCUCCAAACGGCAUCAAAAUCAACUAAUUCAAAAACUGUUUUGAGCAGUGAAAAAAAGAUCUCAAAAGGUGUAUUGCAUCAAUGGAGAGGACUUUGAAGGUGACUGGAGUUUAAACAUCAGAAUAAAUACACAAUUUUUUAUCAAUAAAUUUCAGGUUUUUGGUGUCCCCUUUGUAUUCUGCCUUUUCCUCUGACAAAGCGCCUUUUCCAGGGUGAUGGGUAUAAGAGGGGUUUUUUUCCAUUUUUAUACUGAUGAAUAUUUAGAAUAAAUUUUAAAUAUGGCAAUUUUA